CUUGGAGUGGAACGACGCCAAUGUUACCAGUGGUGGGCUGUGACCGUGAGUGAAAAGCUUUAGAAAGACCCAAAGUUCCCGCGAAGUACAUACGGCCAUUGGAGGUCAGUGAAGGAUGAAGCGCUUCUUUAAGCCAAUAGAGAAGGAAGGGUCUUCGAAGAAGGCGGCUCUCUCACCUUCACUGAAAGAUGGUGAUGAUUCGGAAGCAUCAGUGUCGGACAAGAAAGAGCCUCUGAAGUUUAUAACUUGGAAUGCAAAUAGUUUACUUCUCAGAGUUAAAAACGACUGGCCGGAAUUCACCAAGUUCGUCACCAAUUUUGAUCCGGAUGUUAUUGCCAUACAAGAAGUAAGGAUUCCUGCAGCAGGUUCAAAAGGUGUAUCUAAAAACCAAGGAGAAUUGAAAGAUGACACAAGCGCAUCACGGGAAGAGAAGCAGAUGUUGAUGCGUGCUCUUUCCAGUCCACCAUUUGCAAAUUAUCGUGUUUGGUGGUCUCUUUCAGAUUCCAAGUAUGCUGGAACUGCAUUGUUUAUAAAAAAGUGUUUUCAACCAAAAAAGGUUUUCUUCAAUCUGGACAGAAUAGCUUCAAAGCAUGAAGUGGACGGUCGUGUAAUUUUAGCUGAAUUCGAGGAAUUUCGUUUAUUGAAUACAUAUUCACCAAAUAAUGGAUGGAAGGAAGAGGAGAACUCUUUUAAGAGGAGAAGAAAAUGGGAUAAGAGAAUGUUGGAAUUUGUUAUCCAAUCUUCUGAUAAGCCUCUUAUAUGGUGCGGCGACUUAAAUGUUAGUCAUGAAGAUAUUGAUGUGAGCCAUCCAGAGUUUUUCAGCGCAGCAAAACUUAAUGGGUACAUACCUCCAAAUAAGGAGGAUUAUGGACAGCCUGGUUUUACCUUGGCUGAAAGGAAGCGUUUCAGUGCCAUAUUGAAAGAGGGAAAGCUGAUAGAUGCAUAUAGAUUCCUGCACAAGGAGAAAGACAUGGAGUGUGGCUUCUCUUGGUCUGGGAACCCUAUUGGAAAGUACCGAGGCAAAAGGAUGAGAAUCGACUAUUUCUUAGCUUCCGAGAGUCUGGCAGAUAGGAUUGUUUCGUGUGAGAUGCAUGGGCAAGGGAUUGAAUUACAAGGUUUCUACGGAAGUGAUCAUUGCCCGGUUUCGCUUGAGCUGUCAGAAGCCAGUUCUUGCCCUGAGUCUCAAAAAAGCUAAUUACUUCAUUAAGUAAGUUAUUAGGAGCUUCCUUUUAUUGUAUGGUUGGCAUAGUUGACUCUCUUUUUGGAUAGCAACCCUACCUGCAGUACGUGUAUGAAUACUUCAGAUCUGAUACUGUAAUGCUGCUGGGAAUGUUGUUCCAUUGGACUCUUUCUUCCCCAAAUUUCUCUAGCUAUUGAAGUUCGCUUCUGUUUUUAGGCUACAAAAUGGCGCAAACUCGGAUGGGAUUUCUUGGGAUAACCAAGUUUCUACGAAUUUGGAGUCGUUUUUCAUGGGCGUUGCUCUCAUGACUAUGUCUAA